CAGAGCUGCGUACUGUCUGUCCUCCCGGGUUCACUCGCUCGCAUUGCUCCCUCUUUCGCUGUCUCCUCCAAGUGUGGUCAGCCUUUUACACAGGGACCACCGGAGAGUUCUUGCUAGGAAUGACAGUCGGUCCCUGCCCACCCGCGUGCCAUCAUCAGCCUUAGCAGAGCUUCAAAGUUGGAGCCACCUCCCUUUAUACCUCCCCACGCCCCUUCCACGCCACUGCUCCGAAAUCCACCGACCUUUGCACGCAUUGCCUAAGGGUUGCAAACCUUAGGGCAGAGAAGCCAGCAACCCCGCCCGGCUUUCUGUAUUGUAACCCUUCAGUCUAGGUACAGUAGCUUAGUGAAGAUUCUGCAGAUACACCCCUAUAAACGGAGGGAAGAAGGGGGAGGGAAAGGAAGAGAAGGAAAGGAGAAAGAGAAUGAGGAGAGGAAUGUCAGAAGGUCCGUGCCUCUCUGCUUGAGUCCCAAUCAGAUGCGGCUGUUUCAGCCUGGCCAAGGUGAAGGAAAGUUGCUUUCUGAGCCUAGGAAGUGGGUUUGGCUGCAAAGAGGAGGAGGGCGACUGAGCUCUGAAGCUCCCUCCCUUCUGCUAAAGACCACUGGGUCCCCUUCUUCCCAACCUCCUCCUGCUCUUCUCCUCUAGCCCUCCCUUUCCCCACUCCUCCUUGACUCAGAGGCCUGGAUGCUGGGCCACCGGGCAGUGGUCCAGCGCGCAGCCGGGCGGGGGCGGGGGCAGGGGGCACUGUGACAGGAAGCUUUGCGCACAAGUUGGCCAUUUCAGGGGCAAAAUAAGUUCUCCCUUGGAUUUAGAAAGGACAAAGGCAGCAAGCUCCCUCUUUUGUGUCGGAUGAAGAGGACCAACCAUGAGCUGGAGACUGGGUGCAGGCUCACCGCUGCCGCUACCACCGUGGUCAGCUUCAGUUCCUGCCAGGAGUUGACUGUGCGAGGAAUUCGGUGACGGGUUCUUUUAGCCCAAUCCUCACUUGUCUGAAGGGCAGAGCAAACAUCUCACUUGGAAAUGAGAGAAGACUAGCAACAGCAUUGGCUCCACCCAGUGAUAUCUCCAAGAGGUUCAGAAACAGGAUUCAUGAAGAUGUUGACGAGACUCCAAGUUCUUAUGUUAACUUUGUUUUCAAAGGGAUUUUUACUCUCUUCAGGGGAUCACAACUUUAUGAGGAAGGAAAUAAAAAUAGAAGGUGACCUUGUUUUAGGGGGCUUAUUUCCUAUUAAUGAAAAAGGCACUGGAACAGAAGAGUGUGGGCGAAUCAAUGAAGACCGAGGUAUCCAACGUCUGGAGGCCAUGUUGUUUGCUAUUGAUGAAAUCAACAAAGACAAUUACUUGCUACCGGGAGUGAAGUUGGGUGUUCACAUUUUGGAUACAUGUUCAAGGGAUACCUAUGCAUUAGAGCAAUCACUGGAAUUUGUCAGGGCAUCUUUGACGAAAGUGGAUGAAGCUGAAUAUAUGUGUCCUGACGGAUCUUAUGCUAUUCAAGAAAACAUCCCACUGCUCAUUGCAGGAGUCAUUGGUGGCUCAUACAGCAGUGUUUCCAUACAGGUGGCAAACCUGCUGAGGCUCUUCCAGAUCCCUCAGAUAAGCUACGCCUCCACCAGCGCCAAACUCAGCGACAAGUCUCGCUAUGAUUACUUUGCCAGGACCGUCCCCCCUGACUUCUACCAGGCCAAAGCCAUGGCCGAGAUCUUGCGUUUCUUUAACUGGACCUAUGUGUCCACUGUUGCUUCUGAGGGUGACUAUGGGGAGACAGGGAUUGAGGCCUUCGAGCAGGAAGCCAGGCUGCGUAACAUCUGCAUCGCCACUGCUGAAAAGGUUGGCCGCUCCAACAUCCGCAAGUCCUACGACAGCGUGAUCCGUGAGCUCCUGCAGAAACCCAACGCGCGUGUUGUGGUCCUUUUCAUGCGCAGUGACGACUCACGAGAGCUGAUCGCAGCAGCCAGCCGCGUGAAUGCCUCCUUCACCUGGGUGGCCAGCGACGGUUGGGGUGCGCAGGAGAGCAUCAUCAAAGGCAGUGAGCACGUAGCCUAUGGCGCCAUCACCUUGGAGCUGGCGUCCCAGCCUGUUCGCCAGUUCGAUCGCUACUUCCAGAGCCUCAACCCCUACAACAAUCACCGCAACCCCUGGUUCCGAGACUUCUGGGAGCAGAAGUUUCAGUGCAGCCUCCAGAACAAGAGAAACCACAGACGGGUUUGCGAGAAACACCUGGCCAUUGACAGUAGCAACUAUGAGCAAGAAUCCAAGAUCAUGUUUGUGGUAAAUGCGGUGUAUGCCAUGGCGCAUGCGCUGCACAAAAUGCAGCGCACCCUCUGCCCCAACACUACCAAGCUCUGUGAUGCAAUGAAGAUCGUGGAUGGAAAGAAAUUGUACAAGGAUUAUUUGCUGAAAAUCAACUUCACGGCUCCAUUCAACCCAAAUAAAGGAGCAGACAGCAUUGUGAAGUUUGACACUUUCGGAGACGGGAUGGGAAGAUACAACGUGUUCAACUUCCAGCAUAUAGGAGGAAAGUAUUCUUACUUGAAGGUUGGCCACUGGUCAGAAACCUUAUCUCUGGAUGUGGACUCUAUCCACUGGUCCCGGAACACAGUCCCCACAUCCCAGUGCAGUGAUCCCUGUGCCCCCAAUGAGAUGAAAAACAUGCAGCCAGGGGAUGUUUGCUGCUGGAUCUGCAUCCCUUGUGAGCCUUACGAAUACUUGGCUGAUGAGUUCACCUGCAUGGAUUGUGGGCCUGGCCAGUGGCCCACUGCAGACCUAUCUGGAUGCUUCAACCUUCCAGAGGAUUACAUCAAAUGGGAAGAUGCCUGGGCAAUAGGCCCAGUCACCAUUGCCUGCCUGGGUUUUAUGUGUACAUGCAUAGUUAUAACUGUUUUUGUCAAGCACAACAACACACCCUUGGUCAAAGCAUCAGGCCGAGAACUCUGCUACAUCCUGUUGUUUGGAGUUAGCCUGUCCUAUUGCAUGACAUUUUUCUUCAUUGCCAAACCAUCUCCUGUCAUCUGUGCGUUGCGCCGGCUUGGGCUUGGGACCUCCUUUGCCAUCUGUUACUCAGCUCUACUGACCAAGACAAACUGCAUCGCUCGCAUCUUUGAUGGGGUCAAGAAUGGCGCUCAGAGGCCAAAAUUCAUCAGCCCGAGUUCUCAGGUUUUUAUCUGCCUGGGUUUGAUACUGGUGCAAAUUGUGAUGGUGUCCGUGUGGCUUAUCCUGGAGGCUCCGGGCACCAGAAGACAUACCCUUCCAGAGAAGCGAGAAACAGUCAUCCUAAAAUGCAAUGUCAAAGAUUCCAGCAUGUUGAUCUCUCUGACCUAUGAUGUAGUCCUGGUGAUCCUAUGCACUGUGUACGCCUUCAAAACGAGGAAGUGUCCUGAAAACUUCAAUGAAGCCAAGUUCAUUGGCUUCACCAUGUAUACCACCUGCAUCAUCUGGUUGGCAUUCCUCCCUAUAUUUUAUGUGACAUCGAGUGACUACAGAGUGCAGACGACAACAAUGUGCAUCUCCGUGAGCUUGAGUGGUUUCGUGGUCUUGGGCUGUUUGUUUGCCCCCAAGGUACACAUUGUCCUGUUCCAACCGCAGAAGAACGUGGUUACACACAGACUUCACCUCAACAGGUUCAGUGUCAGCGGAACUGCGACCACAUACUCUCAGUCCUCUGCAAGCACAUAUGUCCCAACGGUGUGCAAUGGAAGGGAAGUCCUCGACUCUACCACCUCAUCUCUGUGAUUGUGACAUGCAGUUCGGUUCUCAUGUUUUUAGGCUGUUAGACAAAGUUCUCUCAUGCUGCUCCAGAACAUGGAAACAGAACAAAAAGAACAACCCUAAUACCUUUUUUUUAGAAACAGUACAAUAAAUUAUUUUUGAGGACUGUACGGUAUAUAGUGAUGUGCUACAACUUUCUAGGCUGAUUUUAGUGCCCCUAUUAACAGUCCCCCACCCCAAACAUGGAAAUAACCAUUGUUUACAGAGCUGAGCAUUGGUGACAGGGUCUGACAGGGUCAGUCUACUAAAACAAAAAAAACAAAACAAAACAAA